AUGGCGCCACAGCUGGAAAACAGCUCACACGCCUCAGAGGAGGAGGCCCUAGACACGCUGGAUGAAGUGCACCAUAUAAACAGCUUACCGCCGAUGGUUCCCACAGAGGACUACUGGGCCCCAGUAACUAAUGGGGAUAUCCUCAAUUUAAUGAAGAAUAUUCAAACAUUUUUCAAGGCUGAUCUUGACAUGGUCAGAGAAAAGCUAGUGGCCCUAAUUGACAAAAUCAAAACUAUGGAAGAUGAUAUGGCUAACAAUCAACAGGAUUCUCAGGCACAACAAGCUUCUCUGGUCCACAAGUCUCUUGGGACUUUGCAGGCACGAAUCGACUCCCUGGAUUACGGGAGAGGGGUAACUGAGGAAGUUGAAGAGGGAAAACUGCCCCACUUUAUUCGCUUACCUCCCCCUGCAAAGGCAUAUACCUGGAUGAGGUUGGCAGGAUUCCUACAUCACUCAGUUCUCCAACAGCAUCCCCUCAAGACAGUUUCAGUUUCCAGACCCUUGGUGAUAAAUUGGCUGUUGUAUCUGCUGUGAAAGAUGAGACCCGUAUUCAGUCUGAAACCAUGCAACUCGCCUUCCUUCAAGAUCUCUGCAGAUCCACUCUGCUAUGGAGAAGAUCUCUAUCCUCAACCAAGCGGUUGCAGGACUUAAAUGUCAGGUACAGAUGGUGGUCAAAUCGAAAUCUUAUAGCUGACGCCAAUGGGACACAGCAUAAGCUCACAUCUGAGGCUGACUCAGCAGUAUUCCUGCAGGCCUGCGGACUACAUCAGGGUCUGGGACUGCACUAA